AUUGCGAUUUAUUUAAUUUAGUUUAGUUUAGCGAAUUAUUUAAUUACUAAUAAUUUCGGUAGUUCCGAAAUUAUUCCGCUCCCUCCGGGAACGAUUAAUGACGUCACGAGGCCAAUCACAGUCAUUCUUCUGAAGAAGGGAAUAAUUGUGAUUGGCCAGUUCUAGAGGAAAAGAACCUGAGACGGGUUAACUCAGCGCCGGUCGAAAACGCCAUUAAAUUAUAUCAAGCCGAUAAGUCAGCUACUUUUAAUAUGAAAAUCAGAUUAGUAAAAUUUUUUGUUUUAAAUGGUUAAUCAAGUGCUGUGGAGCUCGACUACGAUCGCCAACAUUGAGCGUUCUACAAAAGCUGUUUUACGAACGCAUCGAUUCGUGCGUAUUCCGAAAGUCACUGCGUCUCGAGUCUUGCGCAGGUCCGUCUGCGAUACGAUUCGCCGCAAGCGCAACGGUGUACACGUGACGAAACGCGCUCCGCCGGGAGACACGCGUGCCGAAGAGCGCGAGAAGUGUAACCUUUCACUCGUGGCACGCCGGUCGAUCGCGGGGAAAAAUGUCGUGGUUAUUCGGCUAUCGAAAUUCACAGCCGCCGCAGGACUUCACGCAAUUCGUGCAAUCACCACCACCGGCAGGCGACGACGGCGGAGGUGGCGGAGGUGGCGGCGGUUCACCGCCGAGGAAAGUCGGCGGUACGAUGGAGGCGUACAGAUUCGACUCCAGCGCGCUGGAGCGGGCUGCUGCGGCCGCCAAGGAACUCGAACGAUCCAAACAUGCGAAAGAAGCCUUGGAUCUGUCUAAGAUGCAGGAAAGCACAAAGCAGGUGGAAUUGCAGACUGAAUUGAAAAAAUAUGAAGCCAGUAUUGAACAACUUAAGGCAGAACAAAAGCGUGUAGAGGGUGAAGAAAGAAGAAAAACUAUGCAGGAAGAGACAAAGCAGCAUCAAAUGAGAGCACAGUACCAAGAUCAAUUAGCUAGAAAGCGUUAUGAUGAUCAGUUGUACCAACAGCAAAAGAUGAACGACGAAAAUCUGAGAAGACAAGAGGAAUCGGUAGCCAAGCAAGAAGCUAUGAGAAAAGCUACGAUAGAACAUGAGAUGGAGCUGAGACAUAAGAACGAGAUGAGGAAACUGGAAGCAGAAAUGAAGGCCAAAGCGAAGAUUGACAGAGAAAACCAAGAUCUUAAUCUGGAACAGAUUAGAUUAAAAGCCUCGGAAAAGAGGAUUACCGUUUUAGAGUCGAUAAAAACAGCUGGCUCAGUAUUAGGCUCGGGCGCCAAAGCUCUUUUAGAAGACUGGGAUAAGAUUCUCGCAGCGGCGGGUGGUCUGUCACUUAUGGCCUUGGGAAUAUACACUGCCAAAGGCUCGACCAGCGUGGCGACGCGCUAUAUCGAGUCCCGUUUGGGUAAACCGUCGUUGGUGCGCGAGACCUCGAGAUUCUCGUUCCUCGACACCAUUCAGCAUCCCAUUCAAGCGGUCAAGAAGCUGAAGCCCAAGCAAACUGAUGCGCUAGCCGGCGUGAUUCUCGCGCCGAAGCUCGAGGAAAGACUGCGUGACGUCGCGAUAGCCACGAAGAACACCAAGCAGAAUCGCGGCAUGUAUAGGAAUAUAUUGAUGCAUGGUCCACCAGGUACCGGCAAAACUAUGUUCGCGAAGAAGCUCGCGGAACACUCGGGCAUGGACUACGCGAUUGUGACGGGCGGCGACUUGGCGCCGCUAGGUAGAGACGGUGUCACUGCCAUUCAUAAGGUGUUUGAUUGGGCAUUGACAUCCCGCAAGGGACUGUUACUGUUCAUCGACGAGGCGGACGCGUUCCUAAGAAAACGCUCGAGCGAACAUAUCUCGGAGGAUCUCCGGGCGAUGUUAAACGCAUUCCUGUACAGAACCGGCGAGCAGAGCAACAAGUUCAUGCUGGUGCUCGCGUCGAACACGCCAGAGCAAUUCGACUGGGCGGUGAACGACCGAUUAGAUGAGAUGGUGGAGUUUCGUCUUCCGGGUCGUGAGGAGCGCGAGCGUAUAGUUCGCCUCUAUUUCGACAAAUUUGUUCUCCAACCGGCGAUCGAGGGUAACAAGAGAUUGAAGAUCGCGCAGUUUGACUACAGUUCGUUGUGCAGCAAGAUGGCCGAUCUAACGGAAGGAAUGUCCGGUCGAGAGUUGGCGAAACUCGGAGUCACCUGGCAAGCCGCGGCCUACGCUUCAGAGGACGGCGUGUUAACGGAAAAAAUGGUUAUGGACAGGUGUCUCGAGGCUAUCAAGCAACACAAACAGAAGGUACAAUGGCAGAGCGAACAGGAGAAGCAGGAAUCGAAGUCGAUAUACGCUACGGAAGAUGACGCAGUCGUCAGUUCAAAAAUUCCGGCGAUAGAGCCGGCUCCCGGAAAUACGAUAGCCCCAGCCUAGAUAAUUGCACAAGUACAAUUGUUGAUAAUUUUUGAUAGUCGGGUUAAUGACGAAGCUACCGCUGUGGGUGGAGGAAAGUACAAAUGUCGCUCGGAAAUUCCAGCGAUCUUUGUAUGUAACAAAAUGCGCGAACAGGUUCGCGGAGCUCGAUAAGUCGCAAAUGUCACUUGUUACAAAUGUACAUUUAUAUAGGAUAAUUAAAUUGUAAUUUUACCAUGGCGUUUCA